UACAAUGCUUAGUCAGCAUGUCAUUGUAACUCUUGGCUUCCUAGCGAUCGAGCUGCCCUAUCGACCAUACUAGCCAUGGCUGAGAUAUCCAAGAGACUGUUCGCACGUCGCCGUAGUCGGCUGAGCCAUCCAUCGUGCCUGAGCUAUGGCUCCACCGCACCUACUGGAGGGUGAUGCCUUUCGAGACGCGAACAAUACAGGACCGCGCAGGAGCCACUACCUAGAGAAUGGGGGUGUCUUCUCCAUCUAUGCAGAUACAAAAAUCAACGCGCCACCAAAGGCUGUCUACGACGCGAUUCUAGACAUUGAAAAGUGGAAGGAUUGGAACAGCUUCGUCUUCGACGUGAAGGUAACAAGUCACCCACAUUCUCACCACAGAGCGUUGCGAAUGGAGGAGGGCACCAAUAUGAUAUUCUCAGUCAGGAUGACGGAAGAUGACAGAACAACGAGCAAAGAACAAUGCACGCACGUGGGCCCUCUAAGGACGUUGGCAGACCACGAUCCACCAGCGCUUACGCACAUCCGUUGGUCAUUACACAACGCGGCGCUGAUGGCACCUGGUUUCGUGAUCAAAGCCGAGCGAACGAACGAGCUGGAGGAUGUUGGCGAUGGCACGACGAUAUACCGCACGUGGCAGACGUUCGGCGGCAUGUUCGCGAAUUCCGUCAAGAAGAAGUAUGAGCAGGCGCUGAAAGAUCGCUUCCAAGACUGGUGCCGAGAUCUGAAGGCGUAUGUGGAAGGCAAGCAGAUGAACGCUUGACGUCCAUCACCACUAAGAGUCUGGCGUAUCUUUCCAUGGCCGACUUACUGCGGCUAUCGACCCGCCGCCAAGUCCAAGAACUAUCGGAACAUCUCGCCCACUCGAUGCCGUUGAGUGUCUGUUAUUCAAUUCACGGCCGUUUAUUGAUGCCUUGCACCUCUUACAAGGUUACGGCCCAUUGCCCAAGAUUCAAAGACCGCUGGAUUGCAAGGCUCAUGCGCUAAGAUCCCUGCAGUGUGUUCAACUGCUCAGCCAACACUGGAUUUAGAGCCCCAUGCUGCACUCAUGUACCGGGUACGCCAUGCGCCGAAUGUUACGGAUCAGGCGAUCGGCAGCCCAGGUAUGAGCCACCCAGAAAGCGUGCGUGGAAGCGACUGUCGAGGUCAACAACCGUAGCUCG